AUGAGACUGACAGAACAGAAUACAAGAUUGAGACCAUGCGACGAAGGCAGGAAGAAAAAUACUAAGGGAGUGGAUAUAUCAUUUACACCUAAAAGUCGCAAGAGGCACAGAAUAAAGCAGGACUCUUCAGAGCCGUCAAGAAAUGUGGAAACAGAUGACCGUUUAACUCAGCACAGAUACGCAAAUCGAAGGGCCUGUAAUGAUGGAGCGAAGAAAAGUAAUUCAUCUGAAGAUCUGGAUGCUACUCCAAGCUGGCGAACAAAGAGUGGUCGAGUGAUAGACAACUUGGGAGUAAGAGAAAUACCGGAGGGUUUCAGUGGAUAUUCAAUGACGCCACUACCGCUGCUUUACUCCUUACACCAACACACCCGAACAGACAAGAGCUAUGGGCCCAUGAAGCUCUCUCAGCUCGAUAUCAGAGAACAUAGGAAGUUCCGGGAGACUGCGCAUUUUGAACAAGCUUCGGGAAACACAGUUUUGGAGAAAGAUGCUGAAAUUAUCUUACAAGAUGACGACAGAUACAAGGGCAUCAACCAUCCUCGGGGAAGAGAGGAAGGAGGUGGCCCGAGAAGGAGGAGAAUCAUCUCCCAUCCAAUAACAAGUUAUUCAGAGAGCCAUCCACGAAGGUGGCCAAAGGACAGACACUCGGUAAGGGAUCAGUCAGAGGGACGAGGGAAAAAGGAACAGGAGAGGGAACCCAGAUACUCCAGCGUCCGCAAGUCACGUGAGAAAAAUGGCAGAGAUACUAAUUGUGCCGCAUUCUCAGGGAUGUCAUCCAACAGCCAUAAACAACAUGGAGUAAGGAGACGACCUUCCUAUGAGAGUUCGUCAGAAUACGAAGAAGUUAUUCUGAGACCCGGCACUAGCACAUCAACUGAGAUAGCACAUGAUAAAAGACAAUCCAUGCCACAACUCAUCUUGAGAGUUUCCGAGACUCUACAAACUUCCAGUGAGGUAUCCAUCGAAAAAAGUACAGAAGAAAACAGAGAAACAAUAGAUUCACCAUAA